UAUAAACACAACAAAAAAAAUGGAGAAAACAGCUUUGAUAUUCAUUGGGAUUGUACUUUUCUCAACAUGUACACCGAUUCAAGCAAGAACUGGAUAUCUACCUUGCAAGAAGAAAGCUAAUUGUGUUAGCCUCAAAUGCCCAACACCAUUCGGUUCCGCUGAAUGUGUGAAAGGUGGUUGUGAAUGUCCCCUUCAAAGAAUCGUUGCUGCGGCUUUACCAAUUGAUCAUGGUACCAAUUGUGUUGGUGUCGAUUCUUGCAUUCAAUUUUGCAAGGCAAAAGGUAAACAAGCUGAUGCUUGUCUCAAUAACCGUUGUUACUGUAUCAAACCUCCCAUGUAAAUUUUAU